AUGGCGACUUCAUAUUCUGAGUCUACAAAGGACUCUAUGGAUAUCACCGUCCGCGUUGAUGAUAAUCAAAUAUUACCUAUACCAGUCGAAGCACAGAUCGAUGCAGCAGUAGUAUCCUCGACGAAAGUCAUAAUUGCAGAUCUUGCACAACGAAAUAUAGAGAAGGCACGAGUAUCAAAGGAAAUAGAACGAAACAACAGACAUGCUCGCUGUUCAAACUCUGUCGAAGAACAUAAUAACGGAGCUACAAAUACCACCACCACUACAACUACAAUAAUAGCAAUUCCAGAGGACAUGUAUAACCGCCUCUCACUAUCACUAUCGGCAGGAGAGAGAAGUCCUGCGACUACGAUUAAUGCGCUAGCUUCGACUGGCGCGAGUAUUGUUGUCGCGGAUGAUACGCAGGGGAUCAUUGUUAAAAGAGGAGAUGAGGAGAAGGGUGUUGUAGAGAGUGUGGUGAUAGACCCUGGAGAGGGGUUUCCGGAUGGAGGGAGGAAAGCGUGGUUAUGCGUGCUGGGGACUUGGUUGUGUCUUUUCAGUGCUUUUGGGUUGAUGAAUGCAAUUGGGGUCUUUCAAGCCUACUAUAAGGCGUACCUGCUGCCUGAAUACACCGACAGCCAGUUAUCGUGGAUAAUGGGGUUUUAUUUAUUCUUUGUGUUUGCUGGUGGGGUCUUCGCUGGAACAAUAUUCGAUAUAUAUGGCCCUACCUAUCUUAUUAUAGGCGGUACUUUCUGCCUCCCGUUCGGCAUGGUUCUGAUCUCCAUAUCUACAAAAUACUGGCAUCUCCUCUUUGCACAAUCCUUCCUCGUUGGCGGCGGGACCGCGAUGACAUUCUACGCAUCUAUAAGCAGUGUAACAACAUGGUUCUACCACCGCCGUGCAAUGGCAAUAGGGAUCGCUUCUACCGGUGGUGGUGUCGGAGGCAUUUUCUUCCCUCUUGUCGUGAGCCAUCUCCUCCACUACCUCGGCUUUGCAUGGACGACUAGAUUAUUCGGACUAGUAUAUCUAGCAACACUAAGUAUUGCGUGUAUUCUCGUGAAAUCAAGACUCACGCAUGCCAAAUCCUUGAAGGCGCGACGGAUCGUUCUGUUCGACUUCGCGGCAUUUAAAGAACCCGCAUGGAGUUUCUUCGGUGCCGGGUGUUUCGUACAGUUGCUUGGGCUCUGGGGGCCGAUUAAUUACCUCGCAAGCUUUGCGCUAGCAAAUGGAUUCUCGGCUUCUAUGGCUUUUUAUAUGAUUGCAUUUCUAAAUGGGGGUAGUAUUUUUGGGAGAGCUUUACCUGGCCUUCUAGGCGAUAGGUUCGGGAGAAUUACAAUGUUUAUUAUCUUUUCAACUAUUUCAGGGUUCUUGAUACUGGCAAUGUGGAGCCAAUUACAUUCGCAAGCUGGGAUUAUUGCAUUUGCAAUACUAUAUGGGUUCAGCAGUGGGGCAUUCUUGUCAAUAUAUGCUGCUUGUGCAGCCCAAUUAACGAAGAAUGUAGCCAUUAUCGGCCAGCGACUGGGCACAUUAAACGUACUGACCGCGAUAUCUUGGCUAAGACGAAAAAAAUGA